UAAAUUUUCUAACAAGUUUAGUAUCAUUUUUUUGGAUCAGAGAAGAAACAAAGGGUUUAUCAAUUUGGCUACUUCGUCUUCUCUUUCUCUUUUCGGAGAAAGUGAGAGAUUAACAAUGGCGGGUCGUAGAGACAAAAUCCACCAUCAACUCCGCGGAUCUCGAAUUGCGUUCGCCAUCCUCGUCGGAAUCCUUAUCGGCUGCGUCUGCACCGUCUUGUUCCCGAACGGGUUCUUCAACUCCGGAUCAUCAAUGCCACUUAACCAACGCCUCUCGAAAUUUACUUCUAAGGUUGGAUCGGCUUCAUGUGAAUCGUCUGAACGGAUUAAAAUGCUGAAAUCAGAGUUUGCACUGAUCUCUGAAAAGAACGCAGAGAGCCUGAGAACUAAUCCAACGGUCGUUCCCGACGAGUCUGUUAACCCAAGGUUAGCAAAGCUCGUUGUUGCUCUGGAUGAUUCCAUUGAAAAUCUAUGUAAAUCGAACGAAAUCGCGUUUUACAAGAGGGAUCCAGACGAAGCGGUGGACUCGGUCGGUAAAACCGGAGAAAACCACGCCGUCUCAGGGCUGAAAUUCCGAGUCUUGAGGGAGUUCUUGCAGCUUGGUUACGGUGUGCUUCUGUCGGAUGUGGACAUCCUCUAUUUGCAGAACCCUUUCCGUCACCUGUACAGAGACUCCGACGUGGAGUCGAUGAGCGAUGGGCACGACAACAUGACGGCUUACGGUUUCAACGACGUGUUUGAUGAACCGUCCAUGGGAUGGGCUCGGUAUGCUCACACGAUGAGGAUAUGGGUUUUCAACUCCGGGUUUUUCUACCUCAGACCGACUCUUGCUUCAAUCGAGCUGCUCGAUCGCGUGGCGGAGACACUCUCCAAGGAAGAUGCGUGGGACCAAGCGGUUUUCAACGAGCAGCUCUUUUACCCUUCGCAUCCAGGGUACACCGGCUUACACGCUUCCAAGAGAGUCAUGGAUAUGUACGAGUUCAUGAACAGUAAGGUUCUGUUCAAAACCGUGAGAAAGAGUCGUGAACUGAAGAAGCUGAAGCCGGUGAUUGUUCAUCUGAAUUACCAUCCAGAUAAGCUAAAUCGAAUGCGAGCUGUGGUGGAGUUUUACGUUAAUGGCAAGCAAGAUGCGCUUGAUAGCUUCCCUGAUGGUUCUGAUUGAUGAAGAGAUAAAAUGGAUGCUUGUUAAGCAAGAUAUCAGGAAAAAAAAAAACAAUCUUCUUCUUCAACAAUGGCAGGUUCUGAUUAAAUAUAUACUUCCUUCAGUAAAAAAGGUAGGAUAAAAAAGAAAACUUGUGGCUAUAAAUUUGGAAUCAGUUCUUCUUCUGAGCUUCUGUACUAAGAAUUUGAUGUAUUCUAUAGCCCCUUAGUUUUACUGAUCAAAUCAAAAGCUGACCACAAAAAAAGAAAUGUGAGAGAGAGAGAGAGAGAUGGAAGAAGGAAGACAAAGAGAGUGUAAGUAAGGUUUUGGAUUUAUAUGAGUUUUAUCCACAAAGAAGACUUCUUUAAGAUUCUCUCUGUAAUAACCGAAAAUCACUUUAGUGGUUUCAAAUCAAAUGGAACCCCACACUGUGCAUCUCUCUUUGUCUUCUUCUCGAGGAUUUGUUUCAGCCUUGUUUCCUCUGUAUCCCUCUCAGAACAACACACUUGCAAUUUUCUGUUUUUUUUUUUGUUUUUGCUCUGUCAAGCGAUGAGCUCAGAAACCCUUCUUCUGGCCUCGAACUCACCACCUGUGCUGCGUAAUCCCGGCGGCGAUGACGUGGACAUCGAUUUCGGGGAUGUGUUUGGUGGUCCGCCUAAGAGACGUUCCAAGGUUAACGAACUCACUCGUCAUAGCUUCAGUGAAACAGCUCAGAGGCGGCGUGACGUCAUCGUCGACAACAGCGCGCUGAUUCCUCGCGAUGACUUCUGGGACGGAAGAGACGAGAAGCCUGUUUUCGGCGAAGAUCCAUCCAUCAUCCGUCGUCGUUUCACGGCUGACGAUUUCUUCGACGAUAUUUUCAGAGUGAAUGAAUCAUCAUCAUCAUCUUCUUCGCCGAGGAAGACCAAGAACGAAUGCGAACCGUCACUUCCGGGUUCUCGGAUCCUUAGCCCGGGUCGUCCUAUCCCCCACAAAGCCGAAUCUCCUGGGACUUCGUUUCCUGCACAAUUCAGUCUUCCUGCAAAACUAAUCAAAGCGACAGAGAUUCCCACAUUUGGUUCAGCUACUCGUAGUUUGAGCAAGAACAAAGACACUGCUUCGAGCUCUCCUUUGUCAAGAACUUCGAGCAAAGCCGAUAUGUUGAGCUCUACUGCUAGAUCAGAUUCAGAUGGUCCAGGAGCUGUUACUGGGAAACCAAGGCAGUUUCACUUCUCUAUCUACAAGUGGCCUAAUAAAGGAGUUCCUGUAGUUAUUUGGGGUACUUCUAGAUUGAGCUCUAUGUCUAAACCUGAAGAGGCAACAACACCAAACGAUUUGCAGUCUACUUCAGUUGAGAAAGCUGGUAAAGAUGAAGAAGGAGAAGCAAAUAUUGGUCUGAAAGAGGAAAAGAAGACCUCACAUAAGCGUCCUGGUGUUCAGAGAAAAGAGGAGAAGACAGAAACCGACUCAAUGCCUGAACAGGCCAUCUCUGGAGAUGUGUCGAAAGCGCGUGAGGCUAAUGUGAAACCUCUUCAUUCGUUUGUGGAUGAUAAGGACAGUAAACAAGGUGAGGAUAUAGCAUCAGAAAGAGAAGUGAGAAAAGGUCAAAGCAAAGCGAAGAACACUCGAAGUUCUACUGGAGAUUCAAGAACUAAAAAGAAACCACACGGCAAGAAAAGUUCUUUGGACAGCCCGAUACCCGAUAAAUCAAGUUCAUCCUCGGCACCAGAAGUUGCCAAAGAUGCGGCCAAAGGAAAAGUGAUGGACUUUGUGAAGAUUUUCAGUCAAGGAGCUUCUGUUGGAGCAGGUGGGGAAUCUCUUGGGCAAAAAAGCUCUAGAUGGAGAGCUAAAGAAACUCCCAAGACUGAUACCAAUAAAGACGGUGCUACUGCUAAUGCCAAGGAAACUGUAAACGUUCCUGAUCAACAAAAGAAACCGACUCCAGAUAUACCUGCUGUGGAUCGGGAUCAAAAACCUUCUCAGGAAACUCAGAAAAAGGAUUCAGAUCGGGUGAGCAUGAACAAUAAUAAGGCUAGUGGUGUUACUGAACAAGAGAAGAGACAAGAACCGAGCACAGCGCAUACUUACGCGGAGGAUCUCGACGAGCCCUUCCAUGUAAACUUCCUGGUGGAGGAUAUAACACAAGAUGAGAACAAACUGGAAGAAACUAGAAAUGAUGCUGAAGAAAUUCAGAACAUCGAUGCGAAAAUCCGCAAGUGGUCAAGUGGAAAGAGUGGAAACAUUCGGUCUCUCCUGUCCACAUUGCAAUAUAUUCUUUGGACCGGGAGCGGGUGGAAACCGGUACCUCUCAUGGAUAUGAUCGAAGGAAACGCGGUUCGAAAAUCGUACCAGAGGGCAUUACUAAUCCUUCAUCCAGACAAGUUACAACAGAAGGGUGCUUCUGCUAACCAGAAAUACAUGGCUGAGAAAGUUUUCGAGUUGUUACAGGAAGCAUGGGACCAUUUCAACACUCUCGGACCGGUUUAAAGGAAGACCAAUUAUUUAGUCUUUUAGUUCUUUACACAAAGGCUAUGCAGUUAAAAAAAUAGUGUACAGUUAAGGUUCUGAAUCAAAAGAUGUUGCAGGUUUUUUUUUAACUGUCACAGCCUCACAGGUUAUAUUCAAUACACCAAUUUUUGUUAUCAUAAAAAGGCUUUAAAGGGUUUUUAAUACGUUACGUACGGAGUUAGGGCCAUAUAAUUUAAUUGGGCUAAGGCCUGUUAAAGACGAAUUAGCUGUUAGCCGUUAGAAAAGAAAAGGAAAAGAAACGGCAGGCCAAGGUGUGUGAGGUUGAGGUGGAGUUGGUGUUG